AUGUCAAGCGUUCAAGUUCAAACCUCCGUCCUACAUGGCGCGAGGGACCUCAAGAUUGAAGAGAGGUCUUUACCUGCUCUUGCUCCUGGUGAAGUCCAGGUUGCCGUCAAAGCCACGGGACUGUGCGGUUCCGACCUGCACUACUACAACCAUUUCCGCAAUGGAGACAUUCUUGUGAGGGAACCGCUUACUUUGGGUCACGAAUCCAGUGGAAUUGUUACUGCUAUCUCGUCCGACGUCACAAACCUUGCAGUGGGAGACCACGUUGCCCUCGAGGUAGGGCAGCCCUGUGAGGCCUGCGAGCUCUGCGCCGCCGGCCGGUAUAACAUCUGUAAAGGCAUGAAGUUCAGAAGCUCCGCAAAAGCUUUCCCUCAUGCUCAGGGAACUCUCCAAGAACUGGUCAAUCACCCGGCGAAGUGGUGCCACAAGCUAACACCAGUGCUGUGCAGGCUGCCGCAAGAUGUCUCCCUAGAGUUUGGUGCCCUUGCCGAACCUCUUUCCGUUGCUAUGCACGCCAGGGACCGUGGAAACGUCCCCAGCGGCUCAACCGUACUUGUUUUCGGCGCCGGCGCCGUUGGUCUGCUGUGUGCUGCUGUCAGCAAAGCUGAUCAACAAAAAGUUGUCAUUGCCGACAUUCAGGAGGACCGUGUUAAGUUUGCCCUUGAUAACGGCUUCGCUGAUGCUGGUGUCGUGGUCCCCGCGCUGCGCCCCCAAACGAUUGAGGACAAGCUAGCCUAUGCCAAAGAUGUAGCAGAGCAGGUCAAGCUCGCCAAGGUUGAUGGGGAGGAGGUUGGUGAAGUGAACGCGACCUACGAGUGCACAGGUGUUGAGACAUGCAUGCAAACUUCCAUAUACGCCACUCGGCCUGGCGGAAAGAUCCUCAUCAUUGGCAUGGGUACUCCGAUCCAGACUCUUCCCAUCUCUGCAGCGGCUUUGCGCGAAGUCGAUUUUGUCGGUGUCUUCCGCUACGCCAACACGUAUCCCAAAGCGAUUAACCUUAUUGCGACGAAGCCCAAGGGGCUCCCGGCGCUGGAGAAGCUUUUCACGCACCGUUACAAAGGACUGGGUACGAUCAAGGAUGCGUUUGAAAUGGCGGCUAAGGUGAAGGACGAGAGCGGGAACCUGGUUUUGAAAGUUCUUGUAGAUACCUCCACUUAG